CAUAUUAAAGUGUUGCUGCAAUUCUGUCAGGGACGCUGUUAGCAGCCUGUUUUCAGGAGGAUUCGGAGGAACUAGCUAAGUAGCAAUACAACCCAAGACCAUGGAAAUCGACACACUCACGGGAGCUUUUAAUGAUUUCGAAAAGAAAGGGAAGAAAGAAACGUGCCCUGUGCUGGAUCAAUUUUUGUGUCACAUUGCAAAAACUGGAGAUACAUUGAUCCAAUGGUCCCAGUUUAAAAGCUACUUCUUGUUCAAGCUGGAGAAGGUUAUGGACGACUUCCGGGCGUCGUCUCCAGAGCAACGGGGUCCAGCCAACCCCAAUGUGGAGUACAUUCCCUAUGAUGAGAUGAAGGAGAGGAUACUGAAGAUUGUGGAUGGGUAUAAAGGGAUCCCCUUCACAAUACAGCGCUUAUGUGAACUCCUUACUGAGCCGAAGAGGAACUACACAGGGACAGACAAGUUCCUAAGAGGUGUGGAGAAGAAUGUGAUGGUGGUCAGCUGUAUAUAUCCAAGCUCUGAGAAAAAUGGGUCAAGUAACAUGAGCAGAAUGAAUGGGGUGAUGCUGUCUGGGAAUUCGUCCAUCUACACAGACAGGAAUGUCAAUGGGCCAGGCUCUCCUAGGAUCCUGAACAGACCCUCUGCGAAGCUCUCUUUAUCGAGCCCGGCGGCCACCAACGGCCUGCCAGAUAGCACAGAGAGCAAGGACUCGCCCACGGAGUCAACAGAGAAAGCCCUCAGUGAUUCGUCGUCGUCGUCGUCGUCAUCAGAGGCAGACUCAUCCCACUGCAGCCCGAUGAAGAACAAGCACAUGGCAGAGGAUGAUGAAGACGAUGACUCUCCUGAGGCAGAGAGGCAGGAAGCCAAGCGGCUCAAGUUCGACAAGGACGAGUUAGAGGAUGAGGAGGAGGAGGAGGAGGAGGAAGAGGAGGAGAAUGGCGAAGAAGAUGAGGAGGAAUACGAGGAAGGCAAGUUCUCACCGGAUCCUAUUGGAUCCGAGGACUCCUCCUCCAACACACCGCAGUCUUCCACGGACGUUGCCAACCCAACAACAGAGAGCAAAGCAGUGGAGGAGAGCGCUUCUGAUCAAGAGCCAUCCAGCACACAGAGUGAGCCCCUGGAGAGUGCAGACAGCAAAUCAGAGGGGGAAGCCUCCCCCGGGCCCGCCGACAGCAAGGAGAGUGGCGUCAAAACGGACCAAUCGGAGGAGCCGGCAUCGACUGCUGGCCCAGGGGUAGAGGAGCGGCCAGAGAGCAGCGGAGACCCCGUCAGCAGCAGCAGCAGCAGCAGCAGCAGCGGUGGUGAAGAAGAGACGUCUGGUGACUCCUCGGCUCGCGCUGACCCCAGCAGCCCAGUAGAGGGCAGUGUGAGUGUGAGUACAAGCGUGGUGGGGAGCAGUUUGGACAGCUCGGAAACACCGUCAGAGGAGCAAAUGGACCAGGACUAGCGGACCAGACAGGAGCAGAAGCAAGGCCCCUGCUCAUGCUGUACUGACAAAUAAAAGCCAGACAUUUGACCAAUACCAGUGGACCUCUCAGCAGUAAUGACCCCCCCCCCCCCCCCCCUCAUGAAAUGGGGGACAGGGGGGGCUAUUUUUGUGGCUAUACAGAGGACUUGCCUCUGAUGUCCACAUGCACAAACAGAUUUUUUUUUUUUUUUUAAGUUUGUUUAAUUUUGGACAUUUUAUGUUUUGGAAGCCCUCUGCAUUCAUGUACAUAUGAAGCCUUUCUUUCUUUCCCUUGACUAUGAUGUCCAAGUUGAGACCACUGUCCCACAUGCUUGUGGGGAAAAAAGAAGAAAAGACUGUGAAGUGGGAAUGUCUUUAUUAUCAUGUUUCUCUGCAAGCUCUCAUUUCCCCCUCAUGAGUGUCACUAAAGUUAUGUUAGCCGGAGGUGAAGGCCUUUGCCUGUUCAUUAGUGGGACCGAGGAAUUGUGGUCAAUUUCUCUUCAGUGUCUCCCGUCCUCGGCAGAAAAAGCAGUGAGAAACAUUCCAGGAGUGCGCCUCAGUCUAACACUGCCCUCUGCUGGGAGAAGCCAGCCUGUGCCGCAGCAAGCCCUCUGCUCACCUGUUCCCCUCCACAAUGAAAAAAAGGCCCUUAUGAAAUCAUGCUUGUGACUUAAGUUUUAUUUGGUUUGAAACACUAGUUGUCAAUGUUUAUCUUCUUUGUACGUGACAACAUGGCAAUAGGGAGAGACCAUGCUUCGCCAACGUGGCAAUAGGGAGAGACCAUGCUUCGCCAACAGUGCCCGUACCCAGAGACUUACCAGUGUUUUGUCCUCUCUUUUAUAAGUACAGUCCUUUGCUAUAAACAAGUAGCCUACUUUAACAUGUUACCUUGUUUUUAUUUCGUUUUUAGAUUUGAGUCAGUUACCAAGCCACUACUGAAUCACGUGAAAGCAUCAUUUUAUUUUGGUGAGCCAUUUUUAGUGUCAAAUGAAUUGUUUCAACAUUAAUUCACUCAUACUUAUCUUUAUUUCCAUUAUUUUAUGUUUAGGCUGUUGCAUCUUUUAUCCAUUUCGGCAACUCCUUUUUGAUAUUUGGAAUUUUUAAAUUUCUGUAAAGUAGAUUUUGUAGAUUGUAAUACGUGUUCACUGCUUUUUGUGAAGGUUUUAAAACACACAAAAAUCAAAAGAUUUCUCUGUAAAAUGAAUGUUUGGGCUUUCAAUACAGUAUUCAUAAAAAGCAAUAAAUGUUGACAUUUG